UUUUAUCAAAUGUUUUAUUUUCUUUGAGAGAUACUUUGCAGUAGCCAUUCACACACCUACAAAUGUCUAUAAAUAAAAAUAACUCGAAGGAAUCUUCGAAUCACUGUAAAAAGGAAAUCGAAGAGAAGAAAUUUGCAAAAACAGUAAAUUUAAAUAAAGACGAGGCAAUAUAUCUAUGGAACAGCCUUGAGGAAAUCCUGACUAAAUCGCUGCUUGAUGUUGCUAAACGGCAGCCAGAGAAUCCAAUACACAGCCUUGCGCAUUCACUCAUAUAUUACAAAUAUCAUAAAAAAUCUAAAGACACACCUAACCUAGCAGAGGGACUGGUUCCUAAGAGAAGAGAAGCAGUUUUCAAGACGAUUAAAACUCCUCAAGUUGAGCAGCAAAAAACAACAUCAGUGGACGAAGAUCAAGAAAUACUUGCUUUUACCACAAACAUAGCCCAGCAAAUAAUAUUCAGCUUAUUGGAACAGUAA